GCCGAAAAACAAACGAACAAACACAGCAGCAAAAAGUUCGUCCGUAACAGAAAAACCGAAGGUCGUCGCGUUUAAGAGGGAAAUUUUUUGCUAAUUUUCACCGUUUUUCCGAUAAUUAAACGUGAAUAGUAGUGAACGGUGCAUUUUUCCAUCCGUGAUAAACACAAUAGUGGUAACAGUGAGCAGUUUAGUGUGGUAUUUACCGGUUAAUUUUGGAUUUUAUUUUUCUCUGUUCGCACCAUCAGCAUGAAUCGUGGAGGAGCGGUUGGAGCAACACCAGGAAAGACUCCGUUGAAAGAUGGCGGAAACCCGGUGGAGAUUGGUAGAGCGACUAAAUCCGGCCGGAAAGUCAAGCGUCCAGCGCAUUUCGAUGACUCUCCGGAUACGAAGAAAACCGGCUCCUGUUUGGAGGAUGUUUCACCGAAACGGAAGGAAGUUCCGGAAGCUGUGAAGAAAUCUGCUCGGAAGACAAUCCUCAAGAGUGUGGAAGAUUCUCCGAAGAAGAAUGGGGAGACUGAGGUGGAAGUGCCGAAGAAGUCCGCCAGGAAGACGCUCAUGAAACAAGAUUCGCGAGAGGAGGAACCGGAGAAGGCUCAGAAAACGAUCUCCCGUAGGACAAUGACUGUUGCUAGCAACAAGGAAGAUUCUCCCGAACCGGAAACGAUGAAGAAAUCCGCUCGCAAGACGUUGCUUAAGUCGGCUGUGAAGAAUUCGCCGUUGGAACAGGAUACACCAAAGAAGGACAAACCGGAGACGGAACCACCGCAAAAGUCAGUUAAAAAGGUCGAACCGGCUGAAGACGAGACGCCGGCUGGUCCAGGAGUUUCUCGCACCGGUCGUAAAAUCAAGGUUCCAGCGCAUUUGAAGGAAUUUGAAGACGUGGUAGUUGCAAGCCCGAAGAAGGAAGUACCGGAUAAAUCUGCAUCGCGUAAAUCGCUUGCGCCGGUUGUGAAAAAGCAGGAACCAGAGGAAAAACUUGCUCCUAAAACACCCGGAAGAGGAAGAUCACUGGCUGUGUCACGAAAAGCGGCUGAACCGGAUCUGGAGGAAACAAAAGGGUUGGCAAAAACUCCUCGACGAGGCAAAUCACUGGCAGUUAAAAUGGAUGAAGAUGAUGAUCCUUUGGCUAUUCCACCAAGUUCCGAGGUCGCAUCUCCGAAGAAGGUAAAGCAACCAUCUCCCGUGACAGCAGCCGUAGAACCUGUAAAAGUGGCAGAUCUUGCCCCGAAGACACCAAAACGAGGCAAAUCCCUGGCUCCGGAAGCUACCAAGUCCCCGGUUAUGGAAGAUAAACUUCCGGCUAAAACUCCCUCCAAGCGAGGGAAGUCGAUGGCAGCUCCAGUUCUGAUUGCAUCACCGGAGAAAGCUCCAAAAACUCCUAAAGCUAUCCGACUGGUAGAGGACACCGCGGAACCAGUGUCUCGUUCUGGAAGGAAAAUUAAGCCGAAGAAAUAUUUUGGAGAGUUCGAAGAAGACGAAGCCGGCCCGGUCGUUGCCAAAGUUGCUUCCCCCAUUAAAACGGUUGCUAAGAGCUCGCCUGUGGUAAAGAAAGAAUCCCCACCGAAGAAAGCAUCUCCGGUAAAGAGGCAUCAAGUUGCGGAAAAGGCGGAUGAAUCACCGAAGAAGAAACCUAAACUGGAACCUAAAAUUACUACUGAUGAGGCGAAGAAACUGGACGAGAUAUCGCCCAACACAGAAGAACGUCAGAUUACCAAACGGGGAGUGAAUGACCAUCACCAUCAGCUCGUGAAGGAAGAAACGCUUCCAAAAGAGGAACCCGCUGAGCAAACUUCCGAGAAAAUGGACAGUGAUCCGGUUGAGGAAAAGCAAGCCGACGAAGAGAAGCCUAAACGCAGCCGCAAGACGCUUCCGGCUGUCUUGAUCGAAACGCUGCCAGAGCCAGAAAAGCCCGUCGAGCUACAGGAGAAGCCGAAACGUGAUCGCAAAACGUUGCCAGCGCCAUCCCACGAUGAGGAAGAGGAACUGCCGAAAGCAUCGAAAACGCCAGUCGCUCGUCGAAUGACAACCGCCUUGAUCGCUACGGAGGACGCCGGCAGUAGCCGUUCCGGUAGAAAAAUCAAACCGAAGAAGUUUUUCGGCGAAGAAGAAGAGGAGACCAAAGCUGCCAAGCCUAAAGCUACUGCAUCCAGUCCAGUAAACGGAGGAGGUCGGGGAAAAAGGAAGACUCAGGCUGCUGAGCUGGACAAAGAGAGCGUCGAGACGAAGGAGACUCCAGUCCAAGCAGUAAAGGAAGCACCCAAAGCAGAAGUGGAACAGUGUCCUUCGCGGGAGGAAAUACUGGCAGUCGUGGGAGCUGUUGAUCCAGUGAAAGAGUCAGAUCAAAACGUGGAGCAGAUGAUGGAGGAACUGCACACGGAGACCCAAGUGGAAACGAAGCGUGACGAUGGUGGUGAUCAACCCACCCCAAUGGAAGUGGACGAUCAACCGGAAGUGGCCGUCGUCGGCAAUGUGCAGGAAACAACAGGUGACAACCACCCACAAGAAGAGUUGGAUGCUGCAGCACCGGUCGUCGAGAGCGUUCCAAUAUCAACGGACGAUGAUGUACCCGCUGAGCAGCCUAAACCAGAAGAUGAAAUUCAACCGGUCGAACCGGUAGCCGAAGAUUCCAAUCAGGAACCUGAUGCUGCCGAAGAUGAGGAGAGCACCCGUCCGGAGCCGGAAACACUGGAAUCUGCAUUGGAGGAAAAUUUUCAAGAAACCUCCGUUCCCCAGACAUCUCCGGCUCCUUGUCCCCCGACGGAGGAAGUCCCAAACGAUCCUGCACCGUUACCUGAAGAUCCACCAUUGGUGGAGCAAUCCGCACCGGAAGAAUUGCAAACAACUACGGCGCCUGCUGAAGAACUCCAAAGCAUGCCGGAGCCUGACCCAGAGCCCGAGUCAAAGCAGAUUGCUGAGGAUCCGGAACCCUUCGAUGGUGUUCCAGAGCAGCUCAUGGCUAACGACGAAGCUGUGCAAGAACAGGCAGAUCCAAUUCCGGCUGCAGAGUCAACCAAUCAAGCAGCAGAGUUAUCUGCUAGUAGCAGCUUUUCCGAGGUGCUGAUGGUAGAGGAUGAUCCCGUUGAGCAACCCUCAGCUGUGGCUGAUGACAGCAAAGGGCAACAGUACGAGUCGGUAGAGUUCCUUGAAUUGUCCGGAGUAAGCACAGCUGCCAAUGAACAUCCAAUCGAUGAAGUACCGAUCGAAAGCACGAAUGGUCAAGAGCAGCAACAACAGCAAGCAAAAGAGCAGCUGCAAAAUCGAAUCACAACUCCAGAACUUGAAGAUGAUCUUGACAAUACCGAAGUACCACCCAUGGACGACAUUGACGAUGAAAAAGAAGAGGAACUGCUCGAGGACGUCCCGGAACCAACCGACGAAUCUUUUUUGGAACGAGACCGUGACAAUGAAUCUAUUAUAGUGAUACCGGAUACUCCUAAACCACCGAAAUCGGAAAUCACUGAGGACUUUGAAUUAGGCGACAAGACACCAACCCCACAAACCUCGCAGGUUACGGUCGCUAGAGUAGAAUUGCCACCUUCCCCAAUCAUUAUGAAGGAACUGGUGCCUUCAACUCCCAAAACGCCAGAGUCGACAGCUAGCAAGACAGCCACUUGCAGUCCGGACAAGCCGGAAGAUCAGGAACAAGCUAAUGUUCCCCUGGACGAGGUUAUUGAAAUCCCCGACAGUCCUAUCGUUAUGUUGAAGCCGGAGCUUACGGAUUGCAAACCCGGCAGUGCAACAAGUACUCCCUUGAGGAUGGGUUCCAAAAAGUCGGCGAAGGACCGUCUGAUUGAGAACAACCGCAAACGGUCUCUUUCGGUCAGUGAUGCGGAAAUGGUCAAGAAAAAUGUUACAUUCCACAGUCCUGCCAACAGUACCAUACUGGUGGAUACGCUCGAUGAGCGAUUGAAGAAGAAAAACGAAAGCGCCAGCAAACCAUCACAAGGUCACAGGAAACGCUCGUUCUCAGAACACAAGGAUCCACGACAAGUCACCAGCGAUGGUGCUAAGCCAGCCAAAAUCAGUAAACUGCCCAACUUUAAGAACAUCCAUCAGCAGCAAUUCAACAGAAUGGAAUCGAUCGAAGAGUUCCACAACCGCAAGAUUCAACGUGCAAGGGAGAUCCUAGCCAAUAGUGCCGUUAAAAGCCCGGCCGCUACAUCGCUGGUCAGAAGUGAUCGCCCUCCUCUUCAAAAGUCCAGCAGCGUCCCGCCCAAGUCUCCGCAUAGAAGCGGAAACGGUACCACCAGCUCAUCGGCAUCGAAAUCCGGCAUCGCUCGACCACACAAGAUCCCGAAGCCAACGGAGCUACACAAACCCCUUUCCGAUGCGGAACGGCAGGAGAAACGGCAGAAACAGUUCCAGGCGGCGUUUAAGCCGAAAACUGAUAGCGGUACCGCCGCGGCUGGCUCAGAUAAGGACACUCCGGAUGCCGCCCGCCGGGUGAUUGAACAAAGUCGACACAAGCAAAAUCAGAUCCUCAAGGGCGUGCGAACGAACAAACGGUUCGAACUGUUGAUGAAAUUCCGCGAUGCGCAAGAAUAGGUAAAUGCGACACACGUGGCUCUUGGUUUAGCUACAUUUCAAAUUGUUCUUGGGGGCUGAUUGGCUCGUCUAGGGUCCCAGUAUGGUAUAUUUUUGCUAGCCUGGGAUAAUUAGUGACUGCUCUUUAUUCUAGUUCGUAGCUUUAGAUUACUUGUGUUUAAACCAAUUCUGUUGAAAUUGAUAUUUUCCCACACAUUUUAUUGCAUUCAAUCUUAACGAACACGAUUCGCGAAAUAUUUGUUUUCCUUGAAAUAAGAACACUACUUCGAUCAGAGUGAAGCUUUUCGUUUUAUUUGAUUAAAUCUUAACCAACAUACUUUACCUGUAAGAAACUAACUCUAAACGUACAAUACCGUUUUGUGAAGAAAAGAAAAAUGGCAAAUGGAUUGACAGCAAAAAAAACCUGUUGUUAGCGUGUAAGAAGUAACUUUAUGCUCUAGUAGACCUAUUUAUCUAGGGUCGCAAACAUGUAAAGAUUGAACUAACGCAAGACAUCAACAACUAAUAAAAUAAGGACAAUGGAUAGUAAGUGUA